GUACAGCUUGGACAGUUAUACGAUAUAGCGGACGACAAUCGUCUCUAUACGCAUGUGAUAAAGCACUGGUCGAUUUACUGUAACAGCUGUUCGAAUUCUGCAGCCGAGCAGCCGGUCGAUGAGUCGGGCUUUUAUGACACGGCAUUGCCAUAGCAGUCGUCUCCCUCUAUUUGUGCUAUGCUUAACAUAAACUCGAGAACAAAGGGUCUCGAGGCUUGCAUACGGGGCAGUGAGGAAGGGACAACGAUGGCAAGUGAUGAUGAGAUAGCAGCCUUUCGUGCUAGGAAGGUUGCUCUAAUCACUGGAAUCUCCGGACAGGAUGGUUCCUAUCUGGCCGAAUUGUUGCUUUCGAAGGGAUAUGCCGUCCAUGGCAUCAUUCGCAGGUCCUCUUCGUUCAACACCGCUCGAAUAGAACAUCUCUACAGCAAUCCCGUUACGCACAGAGGUGAUUCAUCGUUUGCAUUGCACUAUGGUGACAUGACCGAUUCGUCAUGUCUUAUCAAACUGAUCACAAAAAUUCAGCCAACGGAAGUCUAUCACCUCGCUGCUCAAUCUCAUGUCAAGGUGUCUUUCGACCUGCCGGAAUACACCGCUGAAGUUGAUGCCGUAGGGACGUUGAGGUUAUUAGAUGCGAUACACGCUUGCGGUCUCACUGAAAAGGUGCGCUUCUACCAAGCCUCUACAUCUGAGCUGUUUGGUAAAGUGCAAGAGGUGCCCCAGAGAGAAACCACACCAUUCUAUCCACGCUCACCUUACGCUGUUGCUAAGAUGUAUGCCUACUGGAUUGUUGUGAAUUAUCGUGAAGCUUACAACAUGUUUGCCUGCAAUGGAAUACUUUUUAACCAUGAGAGUCCUAGGAGAGGAGAAACGUUUGUAACACGUAAAAUUACUCGAUCUGUUGCAAAAAUCAGCCUGGGACAACAAGGUUGCGUCGAACUUGGUAACCUCGAUUCACUUCGCGACUGGGGUCAUGCUAAGGAAUACGUGGAAGCUAUGUGGCGAAUUCUCCAGCAUGACAAACCUGAUGAUUUCGUGAUUGCAACAGGAAGGCAAACAACUGUUAGAGACUUUUGUAACCUCGCUUUCAAAGAGAUAGGAAUGGAGCUUGAAUGGGAAGGUAAAGGUGUCGAAGAGGUAGGAAAGGAGAAAGGUACCGGUACCGUUCGGGUCAAAGUAAACCCCAAGUACUAUCGUCCAACCGAGGUGGAAACUUUGCUCGGUGACCCAACCAAAGCGAAGAAAGAGUUAGGAUGGGAGGCAAAGAUUACUAUAGACAAACUUGUCAAAGAAAUGGUUGCAUCUGACAUUGCACUGAUGACUGCUAACCCUAUGGCCCAUUUGCGGUUGAACUCGUCUGUCAGCUGGAAAUUUCUCGCCGUGCUACGUGAAGUAGCAACACAAUCGAUCAGGGAUAGUCAGAAGUCAAUGCCUGUCAUGAAUUACGCGAUUGGAGACAUGGUAAGAUGUAUAUGGGGUACAAAACUCGUGGAAUACCAAGCAAGGAUCAUGGACGUCAACCGGGUAUCGGGUGAAUACUAUGUGCAUUACAAAGGAUGGAAUAAGCGUUACGAUGAAUGGGUCACCGAAAAAUGUAUAAUUGGUCCGUGGAAACAAGAGCAGGAUAUACCGCCUUCAACUAGUGAAGUUCCGAAUGUUCGCCACUCCAAGAGAGAGAAGAAGAGAAAGAAGCCCGUCGACUGGUCUCCGUCUCAUAACGUCCCUGCGCGAAAUGAGCAGAAACCAGUGCGCAAAAAGAUUUCCCAGGCCCCUUCGUUGAGAUCAAAGCGAUCGCCAUCAGUCAAGAACAGCAAGCAGGCUUCGGUAAUUUCGUCAAUUUUAGAGGACACUAGUGACGAAAGUAUGACUAGCGACGAAGAGGUUGAUCCCUCAACACCUCGCUCGUACAUUGAUCUGAUGGCCAGAGCGAAAAAGAGAGCUGAAAGAAAACGUGAAAGAAAUGAAUCUCCUCAAGCAAAUGCAUAUGGGCUCAACUGCAGGCCUUCUCAAAUAAAGACGCAUUCAAACGGAAGCUGCGCAACAAGUCGUUUCACUGCUGCUAUGGUUGCUAACAAACAUUCCGAUGCGUGCACAUCGUUUCCAACCGUGUCCAGUACAUGUAUGGAAUGCCAAAAUUUUGCUGAAAUAGGUACUGACUACAACUACUCGAGCCUUCGCUUUCAGUACAAGGCAAGCCCAUCCAGCACAUCACGAAAAGGACAGAGCACUGCAGUUAGUAACUUGAAGCGUAUCCUUCCUUCCCGAAAGCCACUGAACUUUCAACAAAGACUACCUCUACCAAAAUUUGUACGUAACUACAUACCUCAGCCAAAAUCCAAGCUUGGUACUCGUCAACUUGUCGACCAACCUCCAAAUCUAGGCUCUCCAUACGAAUACAAUGAUGAAUAUCACUUGGCGGUGAGCUCAGCGAAGAUGGAUUCUGAGACGAUAAUCUCAACCUCUUCAGAAUUUUCGCGUCAAGAAGAAAGUGACAGUAGAACUACUAGUUCAUCAUCUGAUCCCGACGAUGCGACAUCCAGUCUCGUGUCGCUGAUCACCAAUGCUGAUUCUGCUUCGACAGUGACGAUCAUGACAUAGUUGUAUAACUCAGUAAAAUCAAGUCUGCGAUCGAAGAGCCGGUGUGUCCACGAGGUAUUCAUUGUUUUGUAAUUGAAACAGCGUUUCUGUACAAAUUGAUUUGGUUAGCAUCUUAUUGCGUCAUAUGUACAAGCUUUCAUCUCAAUCACCUUUUGUACAAAAAAUCAUCUGCUGCAUCUGCCCACUUGAAAAUCUCACGACUUUUUUGCUUGUUUCGUUCUACCUUCUCUGUAGGUUCUUAAUUCCAUCUUCGGUGCGUGCGAUACAUCUUUUCGUUAGUUUGCUGAUUGCUGUCUCCUUAUAUGUGAACUAGAAACUUGGAAGACAGUGUAGUUGCAUGCAGUUUUAUUUGCAUUCAAAUUUGUGUCUUUCUAGGUACGGAUGUGUAAUACGGUUAUCACACCUAUGAAUUCCUCAUAUGCAAUGUUUUUUUUCUAUUUCCAAAUGUGAAGUUUCUCUUGUUCUGUAU